AUGCUUCCUGUAAAGAAAAGAAGAGGCCGCCCACCAAAAUCAAAAAACAUAGCUAAUAGCUCCGUAGCUGUCAACAAUGCGAAUGAAAACAUAAUUGAAAACACAUCAAAUAAUCCUGUGGCAAAUGAUAUGUUAAAUUUAGUAGCAACAGCGGUCGAUAAGGCCUCAAAAUCUACAAAGCGCCCUAAGAGAUCUAAUUCCAAAAAAUCUAUUGAUCAAUACUUUAGAACUACCCCAUCAUUUGACAUCCUAGGCAAUGAUGAAGCCACUUCCAUUCCAGUUUCACAAUCAGCUUCAAAUAUACCAGGUGUAGAUACGACACAUGAGAUAGUUACAGAUGAUAAUGAAAACGAUGAGGAUUUCGUAAUAAUUGAGGAUUAUGUAGAUGAUGAUAAGGAUUAUAUUGCUAAUGAAGAAGAAGAUGUUGCAAUGGAAUUAGAAGAUAAUAAUGACGAUACGGACUAUACAAAUGAGCUAGGAGAUGAUGCAAAUUAUGACGAUAAUGAUAUUCAAACUGAGAAAAAACCUAAGCGCAAAAAUGCAUCUACAAAAGAAAAAUCAACUAGCGCUAAAAGACCAUACAAGAAGCGUACCAAAAAGGAAAUAGCACCAACACCUAUUCCAAUUUCCACUCCAGAUUCUACACUAGAGAAGAAAGGACGUAUUAUAAGAGCAUUGAAGGAUUUAUCGUCUGCAAGAGAUAAAAUUGAAAGAAUGUAUGGACUAAAUCGAGACAAAUUACUUAAUUUAGCAAAGAUUAAAGAAGGGUUUGAAACAAGCUUAUUCGAUUUUCCUUCGAGUAAUAUUCAAAAAGAUUCGAGAUUUUAUGUGGAAUGUAUUCCUCCAUGUGCUCAAGAAGAUAUUACAAAUGUUCUAAUUAAUGAUGAUACAAAAAAAACACAAUAUCAUGAGAUUACUGAUGAGAUAUAUCGGGACCUAUUCCAUAGUAGAGUUGAACCUGUAUCCGUAGAAAUUGGUGAUGUCAGUUAUGACCUUCAAACUGAUGAUUUAGCUCAAUUUCCUAUUUUCCCAAUUGAGCCAAGAACUGGGUUUCUUUAUAAUAUUGGCGGUAUGGUCACUGAUAUGGUUUGGUUACAUCAAAAAAUAGAUAACGAACAGCAAUACUUAGCUGUAUCAACAUCUCAGUACUUUGAUAAACCUUUAGAUAACCAUUUACGUAUGUUUCAUGGCCAAUCACAUGUGUCUACAAUUUCAAUAUUUCGACUGAAUAUCAAAACUUUGGAAUUCAUUAAGUUAUACACGGUGAUAAAUCCUUAUGGUGAAGCAUGGAAUCUGAAAUGGCACGAAGGUUAUAAUAAUCCUUCUAACCUAGGCUUAUUAGGAUUUGUGUGUCAAGAUGGAUCAGUAAAAUUCUUGGAGAUCCCGAAUAUCACAGACUCCAUGAAUACAUCUAAUAAUAACGGUAAUAAGAAUGGGAAAAUUAUUUUUUGUGAAUCUCCAUCUAUAUCAAUGUCAUUACCUAAUACAUUAAUUACUUGCUUUGAUUUUUUAUCACCCACAACUAUCAUUUGUGGUUUCAAAAAUGGUUAUAUUGCUGAAUAUGAUUUAAGGGAUCCUCAAAUACCUUCAUAUUAUAAACAAAUCCAUGAUUCAUACAUUAUCAAUAUUGUUGCUGCUUAUUCGGAAUUUGAACCAUUGGUAGUCAGCACAGUUUCUGUGGAUGGAUAUCUCUAUCUAUUUGAUCCAAGGUCAAUUUUUACUACAAAGACUACUGUAACACGGUUCCGUGGUAGCAAUACUAUACCAAUAACUUAUAUUCCUCAACUAUACACACUACUUCAUUCUGAUGGAGCAAAUUCGCUUAAAUCCGUUCCACCUAGGACAGUGUUUGCAGUACAUCCUGUGUCAUUAAUGGAAUCAACUAUUACAUCAAUAAGUGGUUCAAGACUGCAUCCUCUAUCGUUAACUAGUACUGCUGACGGUAUGCUAAUUAUCGAUAACAUAACUAGAAGAUAUUUAACAACUAUAAAGAAUACAUCAAGUACUCAUAAAUCAUUGAGAUUGUGGAAGUGGGACUAUAGCUCAAAACAAAAUAAGUAUAGGCUAGACUUUAAUUAUACCAAAUACCAGUUGAAUGUUAAUGAUGUCAGUAAAAUUCACCUAGAUCCUCAAGGUAUAAAUAUAUGCUGUGUGAAAUGGAAUGAAACAAAUAUUGCGGGAAAGUUUUAUGCUUUUGCCAAUAGUGCAGGCAUUCUUACUGUUGAACGUCUAGGUGAAGAAUGA